CUCACCUGCGGCCUGACCCGCAGAUAAUGGCUUGGGUGCAGCGAUGCUUCCUGCUGGCGGUGGUGGCAGUGUGUUGGCACAGUGCGGUGCUGGUGUUGAGCCUUCCAACCUCGGACGAAGCGGCGUUGUUAGAAGCAAACAGAUUGGUAAAACGCUCAGUUUCUCCUGCCGUCCAAGAACUCACUGUGGGACAACGUUUGGUUAAUGUGGUGUCUUCAGGAUUUUCUUCCCUCACAAAUGCCAUCCAUUCUCUCAUGGAUUCCGUUGAUGAUCUGGCAGCUGUGGUCAGAAACAACACGAAAACGGUAGCCAAGUUGACAACGUGUAAUAGUGUAGAGUUUCGGUGUGAGAGCGGCGAGUGCAUCAAACUAGACUCCCUUUGCAACGGACGGCCGGAUUGUCGGGACGAAUCGGAUGAGAAAAACUGCGGAAACUCGUGUGUUAACAAGACCCACUUCAGCUGCGACGAUGACCAGUGCCUUCCCCGCCUGGCGCUCUGUGAUAUCUUCCAGGACUGUGAUGAUGGCUUUGAUGAGAGCUCGGAGGCAGGCUGUAACGGGAAGUCAAAGUGUCGAGAGGACGAAUUCAAGUGCGUGACGUCAGGAAGGUGCAUCGCCGACGCCUUCAGAUGUGAUCAGGACAUGGAUUGCAAGGAUGGGAGUGAUGAGCGCAACUGCACACAGGUACCAUGUGAUGCAGGCUUCAUCCACUGCGCUUCAGGGAAACGAAUGUUACCGAUCCUCUUGGCGAUGUGACGGAGAGAGGACUGUGCAGACGGCAGCGACGAAAAGGAUUGUACAGUAGAUUGUGCCUUAGAUGAGUUUAGAUGUGAGAAGACAGGUAAGUGUAUCAGCGGCUACCUCGCGUGCGACGGAGAACAAGACUGUGAAGACGGCAG